AUGACGACGAUUGCCACCACCACCGUGAACAACAACAGCUUCAAAACUUUCAAAGCGACGAGGACGAAUUCAAAACGUUUGUCUUCUUCUUGCAUUAAAAAUGCAUCGUCAAAGUGUCUUUUGGAGAACAGAAUUACGAUGAGAAAAAGGAAUUCAAUUCUGUCCAAGACGACGACGACGAGGACGACGAGACUGAAUGUCGUUUCCGCGAACAAGUCUUCUUCCUCUUUCGAGCAGGAACAAAAUAAUUCCGCCGCUGAUGUUUUUGUGAGCGAAAUGGAGUCGUCUCAAAUUGUUUCUUCUCCCAAGAACAAAUCGAAGCUCGCUUUGGUGGCCACCACGGCGGCGUUGAGUUUGUCCGCGUUCGCGAAACCGGCAGCCGCGGCAGCCGCGGCGGCGAUUGCAGUCAACGCCGGCGAUACGGCGUGGAUCUUAACGUCCUCCGCGUUGGUCUUGUUCAUGACUAUUCCAGGAUUGGCUGCGUUUUACGCCGGUUUGGUGAAGAGAAAGAACUUGAUCACCGUUCUCGGGCAGUGCUUCGCGUUGACGUGCAUGAUGACUAUUAUUUGGUUCGUGUGCGGGUACUCGAUGUGCUUUUCCACGGCGGGGUUGUUCGGUACCGCGGCGAUGAAAGAAGGCGCGACUGGUUUGUCUGCGUUUAUUGGCGGCUUGGACAAGAUGUUCUUAGCCGGCGUUGGACCGGCGAGCAUGCACGAAACCAUUCCGGAAAUUUUGUGGGUGCUGUACCAGUGCACGUUUGCAAUCAUCACGCCGGCGUUGAUGGUCGGGUCCAUGGUUGAGAGAAUGAAGUUCAACGCGGUUAUGUGGUACUGCGCCUUGUGGUCGUUCGCGGUGUACUUUCCCGCGUGUCACAUGGUGUGGGGCGGUGGCGGCGGCUAUUUCGCCGAUUUGGGCGUCUUGGACUUUGCCGGCGGCAUCGUCGUGCACAUCACGGCCGGUAUCGGCGCGUUGGUAGCGGCUAUCAAAGUUGGUAAGAGAAAAGAAAUGGAAAUGACGGUCGGGAACUUGGUGCUGACGUUUUUGGGUACCGCGAUGUUGUGGGUCGGCUGGUUUGGAUUUAACGGCGGUUCCGCGUUAUCUGCUGGCGCCAACGCCGCGUUCGCGUGCAUGGCGACGCAAAUCGCCGCGGCCACCGCCGCGGUCACGUGGACAUUAUGGGACAUCAAAGAGUUUGGUAAAGCGUCUGUUUUAGGCACUUGCACUGCCUCUAUCGCAGGUUUGGCGACUAUCACGCCGAUGGCUGGUUUCAUCGGCCCGAAAGGCGCCUUUUUAGGCGGCAUCGCCGCCGGUAUCAUCUGCCGCUUCUUCUCCACCACGGUGAAGGAAUACUUUGGUUACGACGACGCGUUGGACGUCUUUGGCGUCCACGGCGUCGGCGGUUUCUUGGGCACCAUCAUGCUCGGUAUACUCUGCCACCCAGUCUUGGGCGGCUUCAACGACGUCCCCAUGCUCAAACAAACCAUCGUCCAAGUCUACGCCGCCGUGGCGACUGCCGUGUACACCGCCGUCGCCUCGUACGCGUGCUUGUUGGUGACUGAAAAAAUCACCGACGGUUUGAGAGUCCCGCCGGAAGCGGAAGCGUCCAUGCUCGGUUUGGACGAGUACUCGCACAAAGAAAGCGCGUACUCGCCGAUGAAAUAA